GUCAAGAGGGGAAAGCCAGUCGAGUGUGCCCAUUGGUGAUAGGGAAGGUCUCGGUUGGGUUGAGGGUGAUGAUGCGCUGCUGCAUGCAUUCCUGCAACAGUCUGGGCACCUUGUACACCGACUUACACAGGUGAUUAUUGUCCAGGGGAGAGAGAGUGGCUGGAUAUGCUUGCCUGGAUGAGCAAGGGGUUACUCGUGAACUGCACAGGGGCAUUGAGCUCACGAAUACUUAAAGCAGGUUGAAAUCGUCGGUUAGAAAGGAACUUAGCGAAUAUGCCUCCCGUCGAGGCACGGCUGGACCCUACGCUGAUAGCCUCAACGUCGAUGUCCUGAUCGUGGGAGCAGGCUUUGGCGGCAUCUACUGCCUGUACGAAAUGCGGAAGCUGGGUCUCAAGACCGUCAUAUACGAGGCAGACGAUGAUGUCGGCGGCUCGCGACUACCUCUUCGACGCUGAAGCCAACCGCAUCGUGUACGAUUUCUGGUGCAAGAAGCUACCGCACUACUUCGGCGUCAAGCGGCCAUGUCUCGAAGAAACCUACUUUGAGCAGUUCAACCGCGAGAAUGUCGAGGUGGUGGAUAUCAAGGAUAAUCCCAUCGUGGCGUCACCGACACCGGCAUCAAACUGCAAGACGGCUCCGUAUACGAGGUCGACGUCGUCUGCGUCGCGACCGGAUUCGACGUUACCACUGGCGGAUGGCACGUACACCUACCUCGGCCUCACGGUCAGUGGGUACCCCUAUAUGUUUCAUCCGUAUGGACCACAAGGACCAACGCUGCUCAGUAACGGACCCACGACCGUGGAGGGUUCAGGCCGCUGGAUUGCGGACGCGGUCAAGCAGAUUGAGCGGCAGGGGAUCAAGUAUAUUGACCCUCUCCCCGAAUCAGCCCUCCACGUAUAUGGGUGGGAGCAUACCCGGGAAAGUGUUUGA